GUCUAUUCAAUUUACAUUAUGUUCAUUCAUUUGAUUCCAUCAGUGAAUCCUUUUAAUAAUGAAUGUAACGCCACUAAUUAAAACUGACAACAAUGAUUUAGGCAAAGGUAAACAGAAAAUCUUCUUAAUCUUGCACCUUAUUAUCAAUCAAAAAGUUCACACAGUCAAUACAAGAGAUGAGAAGAAGGAAAAAACACAGUAACCUCUCUAAAACAUUUUUAAGGUAAACGUAAGAAUGAAUCCCAUUUUUACAAUUAACUUAGAGGUUUACCUUUGAUUGGAAAAUUAUAAUUGGUUAAUUUUAGGGUAUCACAAAGAGUGACUGGCUGGUGAAGAUCAACGGUUAUGGUUAACAUGCAGCUAAUGUAAUUCUUGAAUAACGAUCAUGUUGGCAACACGUGAAAAGAGCCUGCAAGGCUCCACUAUCCGAUCAUGUGACUGGCAUUAUUUCAUUGGUUUCAACAUCGCUGGUGAUCAUUUCUGACUUUAUCUCAUUCCUAUGUUUGAUCAUCAUAAUUUUUAGUCAACUUAAAUGUUCACACUUUACUCAAAUAUGAUUCAAUGUUACUAUACCUAAACAGCUAUAUUCAUGAGAGAUGUUCAUCUAAUUAGUCCUUAUUCCAUGCUUACCUGAGCUUUAUUUAAAGAUAAUCAAUGUGCCUGGUGACGUUAGGACCAAAUCUUGGCGUAUGGCUGAAGAGUUAUUAGAUAUGGCUCUUGGUAUCAACAGUUGAAUGGUAGACAAAUAAAUCAUUCAAUUGAAUACUUCAUUUUAUUUGGCAAAGAGCAGGAUUACUGGAAUUGAUUUUAUUUUGUCUGUGCAGUAUUGAUCUCUUACUCUAUCUUUCCUGUUUUUUACUGGAUGCCUUUGUUUCAUACAUUCGAUUUUUAAUCCAUUCGCAAUACCAUCAUCUCUAAUCAUCUAAUUAAACCAUCAACUCAACUAGUGAAACAUCUAUUCUUCUCAACCAAAGUUAAAUUUAGGAAAUAUUAACAAUAACAUCAUGAGUUUCGCUAGCUUUUCUAUCAGUCAUUUGAGAUGUUUCUCUGGGGCUGGACGAUCUAUGUUCCAAAUUGGAAUCAAACCAUGCUUACAUAACUACCUGUCUACUUCGUCAUAUAUUAGUAUUAGAUUGAAGCAUGGCAAAGCCAAUAAACAUGGUGUUCAUUUUGUUAACAAAAACCUUUCGAUUAAAUAUGCCAAUAGUGUAAAUCAAGAUAAUAAAAUCAAUCACAACACCAAUGGAGGAUCAGAUGUAGAGGUUAAACCGGCAAGUCGAUUACUGGUGCUUAUUGCCUGGAUCCGAGCUGCUGAGAAAAAUUUAGAGAAAUAUCGUGAAAUUUACAUCAAGAAUUAUGGUUUUGAUGUUCUCACGGUGUAUACAAACCCGAUAGAUUUUCUAUUGCCUACUGUAGGCACUCAAAAAACUGCCCAAAAUCUGGUUGAUUAUCUGGUAACUGAAGGAAAUAAAUAUUCUGAUAUCGUAAUCCAUGGAUUCUCGGUUGGUGCCUACGAAUUUGGUGAAAUCCUUAUAAUUUUAAAUAAAGCCUUAGAGAAGAGUGAAGCCAAUAGUGCCUAUCACAAAUUAAUUGAUACAAUUAGAGGAAUGGUUUUCGAUAGUGCUGUAGAUGUAAGCGGUGCUCCCAUUGGAGUAUCUCGUUCUGUUGGUGGUGAAACCUUUCUAGCCGAUGCAAUUCAGAUUGUAAUGAGAUUCUACAUGUGGUUAGCGAGUCCAGUUGCAACCAAACAUUACGUUGCCUCUUCGAAAAUGUUUCACAACAAUUUUUUAAGAUGUCCCGCAUUGCUUUUAUUUUCAAAGCAAGAUGCUAUCUCAGAUACCAAGGUUAAUAUGGAUUUAGCUGAAGAAUGGAAAAAUCUAGGUAUCAAUGUUACGGUCAAAGAUUUCAAUCACUCUCGCCAUGUAACACACUAUCGAAAAUAUCCUGAUCUAUACGGAAAACAGAUUGAUGACUUUAUCACCAAAUUAUCAUUUAUCUCCGAUAAAUAACGAAUUACUAUCGAAACUCUAAUCUUACUCAAUCAAGUUUUCGAUUCAAUAUCCAACCAAAGCCUAUGUUUUACCUCUUUUCCUGCUGCUGAUCAAUUUGUAUCUCUCUAUCCGUAUUCGUUAAUUUUUCAUCUUACUUUAUUACAAGCCGAUUGUUUGAACCUUCAAUGGUUUUUACGUGAUCUCAUGUAAACUGUUGUUUAGAUGUUGCCAAAUUCAUCGGAUUCAAAUGGAUGGGUAUCAUCUUCUAAAAAAAUAUUCCAAUCAAACAAGACCUGACAUUGCCUCAUUUAUAAACAAUCAAUCAACAUGCUAAUAGAAAAAAAUUCAAUUUUUGUUCAAUAUUAAGUUUAUCAUAAGUUCUAUUUAUCAUUCAUGUAACUUGAACUCAAAAGGAGCACAAAAGAAAUCUUACACUAACUUAAAAGUAAAUAAUUUUUUCAUGAUUUGUUUGUCA